AUGGCAUUGUCCCGUCCAUCAUCCAAGAAAUCGCUCUCCUUCGACUCAGAAGUAUACUGGGAACAUCGCUUCACCGCUUCUCAAACGCCUUUCGAGUGGCUGACACCAAUUGACGUCACCGCCAGCAUCCUGGAAAAAGAGAUCGGGAAUGCCCUCAAUGCUGAAAAUAGCCGUUUUGAUGAGACCGGACCUUCCAUUUUGCACAUUGGUUGUGGAACCUCGGAUUUGUCGCUACGUCUGAGAGACUAUGUCCGCCGACCAGUUGACGUACACAAUGUGGACUUUUCCCGGCAGGCUGUGAAACUUGGCCAGCAGAGAGAGAAGGAGUAUUUCGGACAAGCCGCACUUCCUGGAGCCGGGAUAGGAGAGAAAACUCAAGUGAAUCAAUUCGAUCUCAAUGCUAGCUGGAUGAGGUGGAGCAAUGUCGACCUUCUCUCACGGCGGGACGUCCUAUCCUUGACAAAUGAAGGAACAACACUCUACGAUUUCGUCGUCGACAAAAGCACAAGCGAUGCUAUUGCUUGCGGGGAUGAUGUCGAUUUCCUGCCAGCCUCCGUUGACCACGGAGAAGUGGAGGUGGCAAGUCCGAUGCACCCUAUGGAGGUUCUGGCCAUGCACCUUGCUGCUGUCACAGCCAUGGAUGGUCGCUGGAUAAUCAUUUCAUACUCUACAGAACGGUUCUGGUUCCUAGAACAUAAGCCCAAGCGCCCUUCAGACUUCUUGUCGAAUGGCAAUACCGGUCAGCAAUUCGGCCGGAAGGCCGAUCCUAAAAAGUACUGGCGACUUGAUAGAAAGGAGCCGCUAGCAGCGUCAGAAUCAGGGAGUACACCAUGUGACAACGUGCACCGGCCACAAAUAUACCAUUGGCUCUACGUCCUCGUUCGGACGACGGUGCCUUUUCAAGCAAGGCUCCUGCAAUGA